GCCCCAGAUCAAGAGAACUUCUGGGGUCACAGGAGUUAAUGAAGCCCCUGCAACAUGUUCAGUGUUGAGGACCUCCUGAUUUCUCAUGGAUACAAAUUAUCUAAAACUCCUGCCAGUUCCUAUGAGAACAGAUGUGAUGGAUAUCAACAUGAAGUUGCAGAGAGGAGGCCAGCUCAUGGAACACUGAAUGGAUUACCAACCAACUCUGGAGCCUAUGCUUGUGUGAAGAAAACUGCCACGAAAAGCCACCUGAAUGACAAUGAAAGUAGUUACAUCAGCCAAGGGCAGCAGCCUGGUCCUGGUUAUCAGAAGGACUUUCGGAGCUUGGCCAAUACUCAUGCUCCAGAAGGGGGGAGGUUUUAUGACCAACCUCAGCUAGUUUCUUCUUUGCACCCAAAGACAGAUAAAGAUCUUGCCUACUGGAGAAGAAGAGGCCAAGAUUUUAGUUCAUUGUUUGGCUAUACUGACCGAGGGGACUCUGAAAUGAAAGGAAUAGCAGCACCCCGUGCCUUAUAUGGGCAUGAUAAAGAUGGCCAAUGGGAGGUAGGAGGAGGGACAGAGAGAAUGAGGCGAACUGGCUUGCAGGAGAAAUUGAAACCCCAUGAUGACUACAGAUGGCAUAGUCUAAGAACAGAAGGCUGGGACUUGCCAACCAAGUUGGGAAGGCUCAUGUCUGAUGGUGACAGAGAGAGGUUGCUUCAGGAGCCAUACUCCGUCAGGCACGGUGGAGAAGCCACCAUUGCUUCCCGCAACAAAGGGAAAUCUCAGUCUUUGCCAAGAGUUCUUUCACCAGAGAGCCUGAGGUAUGUUGAAAUGCCCUCCUUGGUGAACAGUCACUCGUCGAGUGGAACGAAAACUGCAUCUCGUCCCAAAACCGGGUUGGCCCAGGAAACCUCCAAGCACUCUGAGCCAGCCGCUCUUUUUCUCCCUUUGCCCAAGCCCAAGUACGGCCGACCGCUUAAACCUCCUUCGUAUGAACUUCAUCGGCAAACCAGGGGGGUGCUGGAAACGAACUUGCUUCAGGAUGGCCAACAGAAAGAGGAAGCCCCCUCUUAUUUGACCAAAGGUAACGAGCACAGUCAGGACGGCUCUGCUCAAGACCCCAGUCUCGAGCCCCCUGUGUACAUCCCUCCCCCAUGUUACAAAUCUCCGGCUCAGCAAAGUGCGAAUCAGCAUUUGCCCAGCGAAGUGCCUGAGUAUGACGUGUGCUUUAAUAACAGGUUGCAGGAUCCAACGGAAAGAGCCAUCCUUGGUUAUCAGCCCUCUGUUAGUAACUUGGGGAAUAGAGAACAGUACUGUAAAGACGAACAGAUUCCUCAUGACAAGAAGAGGCAUCGUAAGCUUGUGGAGAGCCACCUUUCCUCGGUCCAGUACAUUCCUUUCGAUGACCCUCGAAUAAGACACAUUAAAAUAGUGCAUGCAGAUAGUUCCCAGGAGAGCAAAGUGACUGGAGAUGCCAACAGAAAAAGUCCCUGUGCCUUUCAAGAGAGUGCUCUGGAACCUGAGUACAACAGUGCCUUUUUGGGUACGUCAGGCUUACUCGCUAGUACUGCCGUGAAAUGCGACCAGGUCUCUGGUGGCUCUGUAAGCAGUAGCAGAUGGCUAGCAGAGCCUAACGUAGAUCAAGACAAUUGUGCCUUACCCAUCCAAAGAGACUGUUAUGACGCAGGUGAUGACACAAGUCACAGAUAUUCCAAAAGCAGGCUGCUUGCACAAAGCCCCCCUAGAGAACCGCCCCAUGAGACGGUUACUAAAGUAAAAACAUUUGAACCUGGAACAGAGGUCCAGAGCAAGAGGAGUUCAAAGAAAAAAAUGAACGAGACUAUAUUUUGCUUGGUCUCCGUCCCAGUUAAAUCAGAACUCAACCUGCCAGAUACUGAUAGGAACAACAACUUAACACAGGGUGCCGUUGAGAAGAAUGGAUUUGAUAACAGCGGGGUUCUGCAGGAACAAAGUCUCCUAAGUACCUCUUCCACGGACUUGGAGCUCCAAGCCCUUACAGGAAACAUGACCGGUAAGAACGAGCUACAAAAACAAGAGUUGUGGAGACCGGAGUUCAAACAAACGAAUGACCUCAGACUCUUGCAGCCUGCAAAGCACAAGGAGCUUCAGUAUUCUGGCUCGUGGCCAGGUGACCACUACAAAGACCAGCAAACACAGACCAGCUUCGCAGAAGAACCAAAACACUUGCAGCUUUCCCAUGGCUUUGAACCCACUGGACUAACCAAGAGGCCAUCUACCCAGGUGUUAAGAAACACAGUAUCCGUUACAGAACCCAUAAUGUUGACUGCGUUACCUGCUGAUGACAGAAAAUGUUGGCAGAAUGCAUACAGGGUGAAAAGUGAAGGGUACCUUGACACCUCCAGCAAUAAAGUGUGUUCUAGGACUGCAGUAGUUGCCCCAAAGGCAUGUCAGAAGAACCCACCUUGUGAGUCAUGCUCAGGACUAUCUGGGGAGGACAGAGAAACCAGUUCUCUUCUCAGGGAGGAAGCCACUGCCGCCUGCAGUAACAAGGAGCUUUUCGGGCAGUUCCUUCUGAAGCCUGUUGGCCGACGCCCUUGGGACGUGAUAAGCGAAUUGGAAAGUUUUAACAAGGAGCUUCAAGAGCAGGAAGAAAGUAGUGAAGAUGGUGUGGAAAAUGAGGACAAGAGGAAGAGAAGCGAGGAGAAGGAAGGAAGUCAAGAGGCUGGGGCCUGUAGAAUUGAGGGAAUGAGCCGGGACUGCAGACCCGCUGUGCAGUCAGAGACUGAUACGCUAGUUGCUCCUGUAUUUCAGCAGGUCAGAGAGACAAGCAAAGCUGAACAUUUGAGUCAGUCUGAAAGUUCGAGAGCCAGGGUCAUAGAUAGGGACGUCCGUAUUUAUGGUAGAUCUCAAAGCUGUUCACAGGUAAAAGAGGCCGGUGAAUCAGCUAGGCCAGGAAACGGGUAUGUCACGGCAGAACCAAGAAAACAGGAAGUUGGGGGAAGGAUAAUGAACCAGGCAGUUAGUCCCUGCCCAGUUAAAAAAGUUCCGUUGGAUGGUCACUACAGUGAUGGGAAUCAUGUCAAUCCGUUCAAUGGAAUCGGCUUCAGGGAAACAGCUCAAGUUAAAAACCACAGAGAUGAUGUGGUUCAUUUUGAUGGGAUUAGGAAUAAUACAGUGCCCUGGAAUAACCUAGCUUUAGAGAGAGGGUCUGGAGUACGCUUGUCUCUAACAAACAGGAAUCAUGGUCUGUCCGAGCCAGAUUUGAGAUCUGUAGGGCUUGGAAAUGGCCAUGCGCCUGGCACUGUGGAGCUUGGUUAUGGGACGCCUGAAGUUGCAGAGAUUCCCCCAAAUGAGUCACUUCAGGAAAGAGCUGCCAGGAUUUUGGGUAUAGAUGUAGCUGUGGAGUCACUUGUGCCUGAUAGCAGUGCUCUUCAGGAUGAACAUUUUCACUCUGAUAAUGUUCCUCAGAGCCUUGAAUUGUCAGCAGAGAGGGCACUGGGUAGCAAGAGGCAGGCCGAAGCCACCGCUUAUGAGGGAAGGAGGAAGUGUGGCUGGACAGAAAGUGCCCUUUUUGUUGGAGACAGAAACGUCCUGUCGGGUUCUGCUGAAGACCAGAAAUCUGAUCAAGAAGCUGCAGUAGGUAAACACCAUUGUGAGUCUCACAGAGGUCUUGAUAGGCAAGGAGAAGACCAACUCCCCCUUCCCGAGUCCGUUGUACUUCCAUUUUCUGAGAGAAAUUUGGUCCUCUCAGGAGUGGAAAAAAAAGCCAGAAGCACUUCAAAGGUGAUUGAGACCUUGCAAGGUAAACUGGCAUCGCUGCCUAGCCGAGCCGCCAUGGAUCGCUUGGUGAGGAUGAAAGAGGUUGACUCUGUUUCCCGCAUGAGGCGUCUGAGCAUCAAAAAUGCAGAUUCUGUUGAAGACGGAGAUGAAGAUAAACAGACAAGGAAGGUGGAAGAAAGAGGGAGUGGUACCUCCUUUGGUAGUAGCGAAGUAGCCCGCAAGAUGUCACAUGGAAGCUCUGUUUCCAAGCGCAUAAUCUCACUGGCUGAAAAUGGACUCUCGGACAACAUAAGUGACAGGAAGACGGGAAGAGAUUUAUUUUGUUUAGAUGCCUAUGAUCCCACCAGAGUGGAAAGGGUGUGAUGUGAAAGACCAGCACAAGAGAUUUCCACCCUCCUUGGAGCAUUUUGCUGGUUUCCAUCAUACGGGAAUGGCUUUUGCUUGAAUGCUCUCGGGUGCACUGACAAAGCCAGAGGACAAAUAAGUGCUUCUUAUUUCCACUGCUUUAUGGAGCUUGCACAGAAGAGAAGGGAGAAAAAUGUUUUAAAAUCCUCUCGCUUUGGAACCAUCUGUCUUUCUUCUCUC